GCGAUUACAAAAUGCCUCUAUUCCAUACAAUCAAAAGUAUCCAAUCAUUUUACCUAAAAAUCAUCAUGUAACUUCAUUAAUAAUUAAACAUGAACAUAAAAUACACUUGCAUACUGGUACUCAAGCCACAUUAUAUGCUGUAAGACAACAAUAUUGGCCAAUUGAUGGUCGCAAUCAAGUAAGUAAAAUAAUACGCACUUGUACAACAUGUCUACGAGCACAGCCUCGUACAAUUCAUUACCUGAUGGGUAAUUUACCAAAAGCAAGAGUUAAUGAAGCAAUUCCAUUUACAAUAGUUGGGGUUGACUUUUGUGGACCUUUUUUAGUUAAAGAAAAGAAAGAAAGAAAUAGAAUUAAAGUUAAAAUAUACGUAGCAGUCUUUGUAUGUCUCGUCAUCAAAGCUGUACAUCUAGAAAUGGUCAGUGAUUUAACUACAGAUUGUUUUAUUGCUGCUUUAAAAAGAUUUGUUGCAAGACGUGGUUACCCGACUGAUAUUUAUUCAGACAAUGGUUUAAAUUUUCAAGGGGCCAACAAUGAAUUGAUUAAACUGCAAGAUCAAUUAAAAUCAAACGAUGCACAAAAUAAAUUACAAGAAUUUUUUAACACAAAAAAAAUUCAAUGGCAUUUUACGCCACCACUUUCUCCACAUUUUGGCGGACUUUGGGAAGCCGCAGUCAAGUCAUUCAAACAUCAUUUUAAAAGGGUUAUUAAACCAGAUAUUUUAUUAUCACAAGAAGAAUUCAACACCUUGAUUAUUGAAAUCGAGGCAAUACUCAAUUCACGUCCACUGACACCUAUAUCAACUGAUCCAAAUGAUUUUAUGGUGCUCUCACCUGGACAUUUUUUAAUUGGACAUGUUCUCACAACUAUAAGAAAUCAUGACUACAACAACAUACCCAUGAACAGGUUGUCUAGAUGGCAACUGAUUGAACAACUAAAACAAGAAUUUUGGCAACGUUGGCACAAUGAAUAUCUCAACGAGAUGAUCAACCGCAGUAAGUGGAACAAAGACAACAACAACAUAGAAAUAGGCGAUGUGGUCUUAUUGAAGGAAGACAACAUUCCACCUAUGCAUUGGGCAUUGGGUCGAAUCAUCGAGACGCAUCCUGGGACGGAUGGUAUUGUCCGUACAGUCACCAUCAAAACAGCAAAGUCUACCUACAAACGCAACGUCAAGAAAAUAGCACCCCUGGUUCCUUGUGACCCAGAAUGACAUUAGAAUAAAUUAAAUUUACAUUUACUAACACUUUUUUCUGUUCUAGAUAUUUAAGUUGAUCGGCCGACCUCUCAACGGGGGAAGAAUGUUCCGGGUCGAACCACAUGUCUGUCGGUCCCAGACUGACCAGAUUUUUAUUCUUUUUAUUUUUUAAACAAAAUACAAUAAGUUGAUAAGUUUUAAACAUUAUUCUGUUUUUUAUGGCUAG